AUGCCCCAGCUGAUUGAAAUGAGCCCAAUAAUUAUAAGCGGCGAGGGAUUUGGUGUAGGCAAUCUAAUUGGAAAACAAAGCUUGGCUCCCGCUGUACAAGAGCUAUGGGACGUGUGGCAGAUCAAUGGCCUGAUCCUCAUCAGCCUAUCCCUGCAAGUCUUCCUCUUCCUCACAGCGAGCAUGCGGAGGCGCAGUGCCUCAAGCAUACUGCGCACCCUCCUGUGGCUGGCGUACCUGUCGGCCGAUUCCGUGGCCAUUUUCGUGCUCGGCCACCUCGCGGUCCAUGCGAGCAGGCCCCACCAUCAGCUCAUUUCGUUCUGGGCGCCCUUCAUGCUCGUCCACCUGGGCGGGCAGGACACCAUUACGGCCUUCUCCAAGCAGGACAACGAGCUAUGGGCGCACCACCUGCUAAGCUUGGUUACCCAGGUUGGGGUCGCCGGGUAUGUGGUAGCCAAGGUGUCUUGGCCGGACCGCCGCCUCAGGAAUGCCAUGCCCGCCGGUGCUCAGGUCCAAGUCCCUUGGUAA